AUGAAUAAUAGAUGGCUCCGGUUAGAGCUGGAUAAAUUAUGUGGUAGUUCAGAAUGUAGAUGUAAGAAAAAACUACAUAACCUUGGUAUUGCUACCAGUAAGGUGGAAAAUGAUCCUGUAGGAGGCUAUGAUAAGCACAUUCAUAAGGGGGAAAAUGGUACCUUUACUCUAAAAAGCGUUCGGUAUAAUGGAGAAUGGAUUUUUAAUAUAGAUCUAGAAAAUGUUUCCGGUGUUACUGAAAUUUCAGUAUACUAUGGUGGAGAGAAACGUGACAUACCGUUUAUCAUAGAAAUUAAUAACGGCGGAAAACCUCAACACUUCCUAAAUACAAACCCAGAUCACAGUAGAAAGUAUGCACAUACCACUUGGGAGAAGGAUAAGAGUUUUUUUGACCCUUCGCAGUUGUCAGAUAAACUAGAUGAACUAAGCUGUCUAUCCACCGGAUCAAUAUCACUUGACAUCUACCGGAGAAAACUUAGAAGUUAUUGUAUCUCGAGUAAGGUUGGAUUCGAAGGUACAUUUUUUACGGAUGAAACUGAUUUUUAUGAGUUCAAACAAUUUACCAAUGGACAACCUUUCAGGGUACCUUACCUUAGGUACAACGGCAAAGAUCUUCCAAUACAAAUGCCUCGGGAAGAUAUUAAGGAAGUUAGUACCUUUUACUGGAAACAUAAUUUUGGAAAACCACUCAUUGUGAAGGUAAAUAAACAGAGUGGAGAGACUGAAUAUCACUUCAAGGAUGGUAGAAGUGGGUGGACUAAAAAAAGGGUCCAAGACUUAAACUCCACUGUUCUUGAGAGUAACUGUCUGCGUAAUAAGGCUACUACAAUUAAUCUAUCACGGAAUAAUGGUAAAUAUUGUUGCACAGAAAACUGCAAAUAUAAGAGAAUCAAUGUAAUAACGCAACGUAACACAUACCCCGGUUUUAUUGGAUAUGAACACAAAGCUGUUAAUGAUCCAUUCACGAUUGGUAAGAUUGUCAAUAAUUAUGGAACAAUGCAAAAAGGUAUUAAAUAUCCCAUUGAAAACGUACUUGAAGUGACUGUGUAUUAUCAAACGACUUGUCCAAAGGAACCGCUGUGUAUGUACAUCAAGUAUAAGGUAGACAAAGAUUAUUCAGAAGAUAUGUGGUACGGUAGAAUAACUCAGAAUGGAUGGAGUCCCAUUACUAGCGAUUUAGGAAAUGAAGAUGAAAUUAACAAGGUAUUUAGAGAUAAAUUUAAGACAGUAUCUAGAGUUCUCACAACUUCCUGUCGUAUUGAAGACCUUCCCGAAGAUACUACUGUUCUAUUCCCAAAAGAUAUGAGAGAUAAACCAUUAGACUCUCCGGAAAAUACUCUUAAUAAACUUGUUAAUGAAGCUAAUGAAAAUGAUAUUGGUUUUUUUAAACCAAAAGGACCUGAAGAUGAUGAAAGGAAACCAAUAGGUCAAGGAUCACAGAUUCCAAAUAGAUUGUAUCAGCUUAGGAAAACCCCCAAACCGAUUCCUUUAACUCCUAAUAAAAUAAUUCCUAUGGUAAAUAAAGUUGUAGAGGAGGUUAAACAAGAAAUAGAGGCUCAAAAGAUUCAGGAUACUCGAGAAGUAUCUGAAUCUGUUGUUAAAACUGCUGCUAGUUAUGCACGAUACGGAUCAGGCCUUGUCACUAUAGCUGGUAUGCAUACUGUAAAGACUGUUAUUGGUCUAGCUGAGGACACUCUUAAACUGGCUGCCAAUAUUCUUGCUACGGCUACUGUUAAUAGUGUCGUUGGUUCUCCUGGAGAACAAGCUGGUCUUACUGGAUCUAGAACUGUUCCUGGUAAAGGAGAUGUUGGUACUGAGGGUGUUAGUAAAACUGAUAAAGAAGCUAAAGUUUAUGGUCGUACUCUUCUUACCGCUUCUGAACCUGAAGAUGCUCAAUCUAGAAUCCUUAAAGUCUCUGAUAGAGACGUUCAAGAAACUGAAAAGGACGUUUCUGCCAGCUCUGGACCACCGGUAGUACCAGGUUUACUAGCAGGUGGACUAUCAUCAACAAUUUUUAGAGGAGCUUUAGUAAAAGAAGGAGGAAGAAGAACAAUGAGAACAGUAGCUGUUCCAAUAAGACGUUCAGUUUCACCAAGAACACCUUCAGCAGUAGAAACACCAGGCUUCACUAAUGCUAACUCUACUAGAGGUGAUCUUGGAGAACAAUACUCUGAUCCUACUGCUCCCUCAUUUAGCUCAGAUAUUACCAAUAAUCAAGAUAAUUCUCAUCAAGAUGGACCUGAAGUAGGCUUUGCUUCUGGUCUAACUGGUAAUGAAUCGGCUGACUCUGCUACUUCUCCUGAUCCUCUUCUUCCUGCUGAUACUACUUCUACUAAUGGUGCUUCUAAAGAAACUCCUCUUCCCAAUCCUGCUCCUAAUUGUAAUACUUCUCCUUUUACUGAAAUUCUUGCUGGCAGCUCUGUACUAGCUGGAUAUGCCUUCUCUGGUACCAUUGCCGGAGCUGCCGCAACUUUUUUCGGAGGAUGGAGACUUUAUAAACAUACCUACCUCUCAACCAUAGAUACCGACUAG